AUCUAGCCGCAAUCGGAUUAAUGUUGCCAUUUUCGACUCCUUUUGGUUCACCAUACACGCAGUGACUAUGGCAGAUGCCGGCGAGAAGCUGAGCAAAAAGUGAUGGCAUUACGUACAGCGUGCCAGAGACUGUUGAACGGCGAGAGACACCUUCAGCUGUUCUCUCGUGCGAUCUACACGGCCUCUCGGAGCUAUACAUCGGGGAUAGGGGACCACAAGUUAAAAGUGAACGACCGUGAGUUGAAACGACGCCUGAAAGCGGAGCAGAAAGCUAAGGAGAAGGCCGAGAAGGAGCUUCUACGCAAACAUCAGCAAGAGCAGCAUGGGGAACCCCAGACUAGCAAGCAAGAAACAGAUUAUAAGGAUGAAGAAAAUAUGGACCCAAAUGAGUUCUUCAGACUUCGAUCUGCAGCUGUAGCUCAGUUGAAGGCUGCUGGUGAGCAUCCCUACCCGCACAAGUUCCACGUGUCCACGUCACUAACAGAGUUUGUGAGCAAAUACAAUGGUUUGCAACCCGGAGAGAUCCUCCAAGACACAUCACUGUCUGUGGCUGGUCGUGUCCAUGCCAAGCGAGAGUCUGGUACCAAGCUCAUUUUCUAUGAUCUGCGAGGGGAAGGCACCAAGAUCCAAGUUAUGGCCAAUGUGUCGUACUAUAGCUCUGAAGAAGAAUUUGCCAAGGUAAAUGCGAAGCUCAGGAGGGGAGACAUACUUGGAUGCGUGGGACACCCAGGAAAAACAAAAAAGGGGGAGCUAAGCAUUGUGCCGACUAGGAUGGAACUAUUGGCACCCUGCCUUCAUAUGCUGCCUCAUUUGCAUUUUGGCUUGAAAGACAAGGAGACGAGGUUCCGGCAGAGGUAUCUCGACCUCAUCAUGAAUGAGUAUGUGCGGCAGAAGUUCAUCGCCCGUUCUAAAGUGGUGAACUAUGUUAGGAAAUUUUUUGACGACCUGGGCUUCCUAGAGGUAGAGACACCUAUGAUGAAUAUGAUAGCAGGUGGUGCCACAGCAAAGCCGUUUGUUACGCACCACAAUGAGCUCGACAUGGAUCUCUUCAUGAGGGUAGCACCUGAGUUGUACCACAAGAUGCUGAUUGUGGGAGGCCUUGAUCGGGUGUACGAGAUUGGACGGCAGUUUCGUAACGAGGGCAUUGAUUUGACGCACAACCCUGAGUUUACCACAUGUGAAUUCUACAUGGCCUAUGCUGACUACAACGACCUCAUGGAAAUAACUGAAACCCUACUCUCAGGCAUGGUGAAGUCCUUGGUGGGGUCCUACAAAGUAACCUAUCAUCCUGACGGCCCAGAUGGUGAGGCUGUAGAAAUUGACUUUACACCACCAUUCCGACGAGUCCGCAUGUUGCCUGAUUUGGAAAAGGCUCUAGGAGUGAAGUUACCUGCUCCAGAUCAGCUUUACACACCAGAAGCAAAUGCAGCACUUUCGGAACUUUGUAUAAAGAAUGGAGUAGAAUGUCCUGCUCCGAGGACUUCCGCUCGUCUGCUGGACAAGCUUGUUGGUCAUUUCCUUGAAGAAGAGUGCAUUAGUCCUACCUUCAUAUGUGACCACCCUGAAGUCAUGAGUCCUCUUUCAAAGUGGCACCGGUCAGUGAAGGGCCUCACAGAACGAUUUGAGCUGUUUAUUGCCCGCAAGGAAGUUGUGAAUGCAUAUACUGAACUGAAUGACCCCUUAGUGCAAAGGCAGCGCUUUGAACAGCAAGCCAAGGACAAAGCAGCAGGAGACGAUGAGGCACAGCUAGUGGACGAGACGUUCUGCACUGCACUCGAAUAUGGACUUCCACCUACGGGGGGAUGGGGUCUUGGUAUUGACCGAUUGGUGAUGUUCCUCACUGAUUCAAACAACAUCAAGGAGGUGCUGUUUUUCCCAGCGAUGAAACCUGAUGACCCAAACAGGAAUCUUGUGGAAAAGCCACUAGAAGGUGAUGCUCCAAAUGGCCCAGUCAACUAGUGUCCUUGGUUCCCGUUGUCGGAUUUCAAAAACGUAACAGAACCUCGCACCUUUGUUUUUAAUUUCCAAAAUGUGUCUCGUUUUUUGCGUAUAUUUAUUUUACAUUCAGGGUGCACUCGAGCUCAGUGGGAAAAAAGCAUCUCGAAUUUUUUUUCCACUCUGGUUUGCAGAAUUAUACUACCUCUUGCUUAGACUAAAAAAUGGAAAAGGGAAAAAAAAGCAGAUUUAUUCCUCUUGCAUGGUAAUUGAAACUGUUAUGAGAUGACAAUGAUGUGGAGGCACUGGCUGUGGUGUAAAGAGAAAUAAAUGAUCGGGUCACAAAUCAUGA